AUCAUUUGCUCAGUCUCAGUGGCCGCGUUGCAUGUACAACACGUUUUUAACGGUAGAAUUUCUAUGCUGUGUGUGUUUCGGUAGAUUUAGAUGAGGAGAGACGGUUUUCUUGUUUGUCUGUCGGUACGUGUUGAUUGUACGGUUGGUUGAAGAAGAAGGUUCCUUUCAUUCUUCCCUUCUCUCCCAAUAAGAUAAAAAACAACAACAAAAAUAUACACAACGUUGUAUUAACCGUAUGCGGUAUAUUAAAGAAAAAAAAAAUAAUAAAACAGGGAAAAUCGGGUAAAUGCAUGAGAAAAUCUAAAGAAAAAUAGCUAUCCAACAGAAAAAAAGAAGGAAAGAAAAUUAUUAUCAAAGAAGGUAGACAAGAAGGAAGCAAAAAAUAAAAUUAACAAAAUAAUCUGGGCAUUUUAUGUAAAACAAACGAAAAUAUUAAACAAAUAAAUUGCUGUGAAAGGCAAUAACGGUAAAAAGUGUUGGCUUAAUAGCGUGAGAGUAGUGGGAAAAUCCCACGCACAAUUUCGACAGAGCAAGAAAAAACACGCAUAAAUCAAGCAGCUGGGUUAUUGGAAAAGUGGAAAAAUCAUCAAAUAAUGCAAAAAAAGUUUUAUUAAAGAAAAAAUAAUUGUGGAAAAUAUGUAAAUAAACAGGAAAAUUUUGUGCAAGUCUUAGUUUGGAAAGCAGUGUUAACGUUAAGUCGGGUGAUUGCAGCAGCACAUUGACGGCAAACCAAACAACGAUAAAAGCGGCAUUUCAUUUCAUAGCGGCCGCUGACUUGUAACGACAGCGAGAACUCUGAACUAUUGCCGCAAUUUUACAAUUCCUGAAAACAAACAAACGGCAAAGAACAAAACCAACAAAAAAAUACGAAAUUCCAUCCAAAGCCAAUUGAAAUUGCAUCACAAGCUAGCCAGCCGCUAGCCAAGUAGUCAUCAUCAUCAUCGUCGUCGGCCACAACAAACUACCACGACGACGUCAGCAACAAUAAUACACAUAAUAACAACAACAACGAGUAUCACGUCGUCGAGCGACAACAUUAACGCAUCGCCAUCAUCAUGACACGCCUCACGGAAGAAAUGGUCAUUGCACGAUCCAAACAAUCGGAUUUAAGCUCUAUUAAAAAACUUAAUUGUUGGGGAAGUGAUCUCAGUGAUGUAUCCAUAAUAAAACGUAUGCGUGGUGUUGAAGUGUUGGCGUUAAGUGUCAACAAAAUCAGCACCCUACAGCCAUUCGAAGACUGCCUGAAACUACAGGAAUUAUAUUUACGAAAAAAUUGCAUUCAGGACAUAAAUGAAAUUGCCUAUCUGCAAAAUCUACCAAAUCUCAAGUAUCUGUGGCUGGAGGAGAAUCCGUGCUGUGAGCGAGUUGGACCUGCUUAUCGCGCAAUUGUAUUGCGUGCUCUGCCAAAUCUCAAGAAAUUGGAUAACGUCGAAGUGACACAAGAGGAAGUGGACGAAGCAUUGCGGGCUGGCAGUGGUGGCGGCGGCGGUGGAGGAGGUGGCAGUGCGGCCGUCGAAGAUGAUCCAUAUGAUGAUGCCUAUGAACAACAACAACUGCAGGAGCAACAGAAACAACAACAGCAGCAACAACAACAAUAUUACGAACAACAACAACAGCAGCAACAACAGCAAUACCGUCAACAGCAGCAACAACAAGAACAGCAACAACGGCAAUCACAACAACAACAACCACCUCAGCCACAAUAUCGAAGAAGUUCAAGUCCACAAAAAGAGGUAGGUGGAAAACCUCCCCAGCAAACGAGUCCUGCCACAACCGAAGAAAGUGUAAGCGAAACUAACAAUGCCAAUGGUUCGUCAUCGAAAGCCUCAACGCCUUCUCAGGAACAAGUACUACACUCACCAUCGCCAAAAUAUAAUCCAACACCAAAAGAAAAUCGUCUAUCGUAUCACCAAUAUGAUAGAUCACCUGAUACAGAUCAGGAAAGUCCACAUGGUGGAGGGUUUCGUGAAAGGGCACCCAUACCACCCAGUGCUUCAACGCAUUCCAUGAAGGAAUAUUAUCAAUCAGAUCGCCCCUCAUAUCCAGCCCAUUAUCGCCAUAGCCAAUCGGAUCUAACCGAAUGGGAUGAACAUCAUCAGCCACAUCAUGCCUCCCAAAAUCCCUAUGGCAGUACAGCGGCUUUACAUCACAUGGGUCAACGGCGUAGUGCUGGCACAGAACGUCCCGAACCUGUAGAUCGUUAUGCCUAUAGAAAUGGCCGGGAGAAUGGCGAUUGGGAAGAUGAGAGGCCCAGACCAAGGCGACCCGAUGGCCGUUAUGCCGACUCAGCCAGCACAGUAUCGACAGCAGUUCUAAAUCAUUAUUCCGGCUAUCAUCGGAGACCUAUUAAUAGAAGUUCCAAUUUACUCUCGGCCACAUUGUGUCUGGUGAAAGAGCUGGACUACCCCAGUCUGGAAGUUGUUGAGCAUGCAGUACGCUGUCGCAUCGAUGAGUUGGCAGCCGAAUGAUGAUGAACACGAGCCUCCUGUUGAGCGGAUGGGGAAUUGCCAAACAAAUGAUUAAAAGAAACAAGAAAUUUUCCUUUCGAAUAUUAUUAACUAUUAUUUUUUAAUUCCUUUUUUCAUUUGUUUAAUGAAUGUAAUUCAAAUUAACACCGACACACACACAACAAUUUCAUUGUGAAAAAACCUAUUCCCUUAAAAAAAAUUAAAAAAAUAUUUGUUAUUAAUUUAUUAAUAAUUGCAUUAUUAUAAUAAUUAGGAAACGAUUUUUUUAAUAUUUAUCAUUAAAACAUACACACUAAAUUAGAAAACUUAGUUAGAAUUACUAAAUGAGGGGUUCAAAUGGAAAAUUUGAAUUUAAAAAGAAAUAAUUAAUUAAUUAGAACAAGAAAAGACACAGAAAACAAACAACAAUUGCUUUAACAAAUAUUAAUGAUGAUGAUGAUGUACUUACAUACAUAUAUACUAUAUAUUUUUUUAUUUUAAUUAAGAACAAUUGUCUAUAUUUUUAUUUAACUUUUUUUACAAAAGCAAAGAAACAAAAACAAAACAAAAGAUAUUUUUAAUUGUAAUAAAAAUAUUAACGAAUAGCCUAACCUAGCAACAAAUAACAAAUCUAAUAUGAAAUUUACAAAACAACAAACAAAAAAAUAUAAAUAAAAAAUUAACCCAGAGAGAGAUUAACAAAUAACGUUUAAAGAAAAUAAACGGCUUGCCAAUUAAAAAUUUAAAUAAAAA